AUGCCUCAGUCACUCUCCUCCCUUGAACGUGGAAACCCGCCACCAAGGCGGAAGGCAUGUUCGGCAUGCAUCAAAGCCAAGCGGAGAUGCGACCUAGGACAGCCCGGGUGUACCCGAUGCUCGUUACGGAAGAUACCAUGUCGAUAUUCACGACCAGAACGAUCUGAUGACAGCAGAACGGGGCCCAUAGACAACAUGUCCGACAUCCUCAAAACAACUGAUAUUCUGGAAGUAUCUCCACAGCCGGAAGUUCCAUCCACGAUCGACGCUAUCCCAACGAUCACCGAUACAUCGACAUCUGGUGCGUUUGCGCUAACCCUCACUGACUUCUCCAACGACGAUGUCUUCAACCUCGGCUUCAUGUCACCUGAGCCUCCAAACUCCCUAGAUACCAUACCCCCUCUUAAAACCCCCUCUGCCAGUGAUCCCUCGAAUGAUACUGUCGCCACUGGCAUUACCCUUCCACUUGUCCCACCUCGCACUAGGGACUUGGAAGCCCGGUCGAUAGCUGUGCAGACCCGCCUCCGAUAUGCUAUCGACCAAUUAAACGCUGCUCCUCGUCGUAUGGCACUUGAGAAUGGCACACCAUGGUCUCAUCCCCUACUGUACCGCCACUCCAUGCCACGCAGCUUGGAAGAUGCCCAGGCCUGCUGCGCACUUUACAUGGCGAAGAAUGAGAUAAACGCCACUGUGAUCCUACGAUCUAUUCUCUCUCGAGCCACUGAACUGGCAUCUCAGCCCAUGCCUUCCGGCCCGCCCGAGCUUCUUGCUCGUACCAAUGCCCUCCUGCUCUACAGCAUUAUGAUGCUUUUCGACGGAGACAUCUACGCACGUACAUUGGCAGAGCAUAAUCUACUGGCACUAAGGGAUUCAGCUGUGGAAAUCCUCAAGCAUAUCAACUUCCCCAAUCCAGACACGCCGCCGCAGGUGCUGAGUCUGUAUCCUCUGAGCAUGGCGCGUGAGUUUUGGGCCGAGUGGAUAUUUCAGGAGUCCGCACGGCGGACAUCCCUCAUGACGUUCUUCUUUCUGCAAACAUACCGACUGCUUCAGGGCGAAGUUGCAGGGCAGUGUGGUGGGAAUUUGUACUUGUGCCACUCGUUGACAAUCUCGGCUCAUUUGUGGGAGGCAAAAGACGCGGUUGACUUCGCUGAAGCGUGGCAGGGGAGGAAGUACAUUUUAGCCACACCUUCGAAUCUGUGGAGUGUGGUGGAUGAUGCGAUGGCGGAGGAUGUCGAUGCGCUCGGCAAAAUUCUGCUGACGGCCAUGAUGGGCAUUGAUGAGUUUAAGGGGUGGAUGAUUAGUCGGGACGGCAGAUUAUGA